GGGUUUGGCUGCAGAUUCUACCACUUCAGCCCAGGGAAACAAAGUUUGGAGCAAAGUUCUUGUCAACGACCAGACAAAGCACUAGAGUCAGGUUUCCAUGGGGACCGUGGGAUGCUGCAGAUGUGUUUGGUUCCUGACAGCCUUGGUGCUCCACAGCCCUGAGAAACAUAAGAUGGAAGCACCUCUGAGUGCUGACGAGGGCAGAGCGUGUUUCCCAGUUCUUACCUAACUCUUCAUCUGCCCCAGAGAGGGGAAGGGGAUAAGAAAUUCCUGCCUGGUGCUUCUGAAUGUAGUGUGAUGAGAUGCCAUGUACCUGGCAAAGCUGUCUUCAGUGGGGAGCAUCUCCGAGGAGGAGACCUGCGAGAAGCUGAAGGGCUUGAUCCAGCGCCAGGUACAGAUGUGCAAGAGGAACCUGGAGGUGAUGGACUCGGUGCGACGUGGAGCCCAGCUGGCUAUUGAGGAAUGCCAGUACCAAUUCCGCAACCGCCGCUGGAACUGCUCCACACUGGAUACCCUGCCUGUCUUCGGCAAGGUGGUGACGCAAGGGACACGAGAGGCAGCGUUCGUCUAUGCCAUCUCUUCAGCAGGGGUGGCCUUCGCCGUGACCCGCGCCUGCAGCAGUGGCGAGCUGGACAAGUGUGGAUGUGACCGCACAGUGCAGGGGGGAAGCCCACAGGGCUUCCAGUGGUCGGGCUGCUCCGAUAACAUCGCCUAUGGUGUGGCCUUCUCGCAGUCCUUCGUCGACAUCCGUGAGAGGAGCAAAGGGGCCUCUUCCAACAGAGCAUUAAUGAACCUCCACAACAACGAGGCAGGGAGGAAGGCGAUCCUGAACAACAUGCGGGUGGAAUGUAAGUGUCAUGGUGUGUCAGGCUCAUGCGAGUUCAAGACGUGUUGGAAAGCCAUGCCCCCCUUCCGCAAAGUGGGCAACGUCCUGAAGGAGAAAUUUGAUGGUGCCACAGAGGUUGAACAGAGCGAGAUUGGAUCCACCAAAGUGCUGGUGCCCAAAAACUCCCAGUUCAAGCCACACACAGAUGAGGACCUGGUCUACCUAGACUCCAGUCCCGACUUCUGUGACCAUGACCUCAAGAAUGGGGUCCUGGGCACCAGUGGGCGGCAGUGCAACAAGACCUCCAAGGCCAUCGAUGGCUGCGAGCUGAUGUGUUGUGGUCGUGGCUUUCACACGGACGAAGUGGAGGUUGUGGAAAGGUGCAGCUGCAAAUUCCACUGGUGCUGCUCCGUCAAGUGCAAACCCUGCCAUCGGGUGGUGGAGAUCCACACGUGCCGGUGAUGCACGGGGGAGGGCACCCACCCGUAUCCUCUUUAACUGACCCUGCUUCUCCCUUGCCCCCCAGCCAGGACUGAGGAAGUGACCCAGAUGCUGCAGGGAGAGCACAGCUCUUUACAGAGACAGAACCACAGAGAAAAACAGAUUUAAAAGAAAAAAAUAUUUAAAGUUUUAAAAAACUGAUCAUUGUUGGCUUUUUUUUUUUUUUUUU